GCUGCUGCUCUUCAGGAAUAAUCCAGGCUGGAGAAGAUGGGGCCACACCGUCUGACGUCCUGUCCUCAGAGCUUGGUGACCUUCCCUGAUGUGGCCGUGAACUUCUCCACCGAAGAGUGGCCAUGCCUGGACAUCUCUCAGAAGAAGCUCUACCGAGAUGUGAUGCUGGAGACCUACGAGCACCUGCAGGCAGUAGGGUAUUUUGGGGUAAAGCCUGCGCUAAUCUCCUGGUUGGAAGGAGGAGCCCUGGGGAGGCUACCACGAAGCCUGUUUGCCGAACUCAAGUCAGAAAUCCAUCCUUGUCCCUUCUGCUCUCUCACCUUCUCCAGUCAGAAUUUCCUCAGUCGUCACAUGAAACGAACUCAUCCCUCUUGGGUCCUCCUGGGAACAUCUGGAAGAAAGCACCCUCAGUCAGAGAAUUCCUAUUCACGUGAUCUAAACCAAUGGCGGCAACAUUUUGAUCCAUAUAAAGACAAACCAAAGAAUGACGUACUUGAAAGUCAAAAGCACAAGAAGAGCUCCAUUCAUAUGGCUAAUAGGAUGAAGCAAAAAAGAGUUUCAACAGCCUUUUCAAAACUAUUUAGCGGUCAAGUAGAUAGCUCUAGUAAACAGAUGACAAUGGAGGAAGACAUUAACACAGACCUGGAAAAAAAUCCAAAGGACAUGGGUAGAGUAGUUCAAGGGAUAGACUUGCCAAUGAUUGUAAGAGAGAAGUAUGUAAGGCUUGGGCAAGGCUUCAGUGCUGGAUCAAAUCUCAUCACACAUCAAGUGACUCACACAGGGGAGAGACCCCAUGUUUGCAGGGAGUGUGGGCGUGGCUUUAA